AUCAGUCUGAGAAUGAUUCGGCUUGGACUAGGGAGACAGGUUGAAACAGUGUCUCCAGCAGACCUAGUCUCUUUUCUGAAGCUGUUAUGGGUGGUAUACUUCUUAGUACUUGGGGGGGCCUCAAUAGCACGAGCGUCCGCUCUGUUUUUCUACGGAAGGGUUCUCAGCCAAGGUCCCUCUCGCUUCCGAUAUGCGCUCUGGAUAGUGCAUGGAUUGAAUAUCGCAUGGUCGAUCAGUACUAUCCUCGUCAUCUUUCUCACGUGUUCUUCGAUCGAGAAAAACUGGAUGCCAGAUCUGCCGGGCACCUGCAUAGAUACAAGGAGCUUGUGGCUAGGUUUUGGAACGCCGGAUCUCAUUAUCGAUAUCCUCGUCCUCCUCUUACCCUUGCCCAUGCUCUGGAAGCUGCACUUGAGGCUCAUGCGGAGGCUUCUUCUAGCUGGAGUAUUCACUUGCGGAUACCUGUAA